UACCAAAGAAAAUGAAACUGAAAAGCGGGGAGAAUGUCGGGAACCCUCGAAUCGAUUCAAAAGGGAAAGGGGGGUAUAGACUAUAGAAGGAGGAGCCACGAGAAGGUUUCGUCAUUUCGCAGUCACCGUGUGUCGAAAACCAUACUGGAAGGAAACCGAUCAAAAACGAUGGACGCCGCGGAGACCGACAUGACGAGCGGUAGUGGGGAUAUGGAGGAGGAUACAGGUGGCGGGCCGGCCGCCGCCGCCGGCCGCCGCGUCGACGCCCACGACAGCGCUUGGAGUCUACUCCCCUUGGCCCGCCAGCUCAUCGACCAAGGCAAGCCCUCGCUCGCUCUCCAAGCCAUAAUUGCGAAAGGAUGGGGGUUGCUGGUCUGGAGCAAAAGUGACGAGAAAAGGUGGAGAGAGACAGAGAAAGUUGACCAAAUGGUAACACUCAAAUACCAAAAUCUACUGAAAUGGAUGUCCCUUCUUUGGUCAUUUGAAAUUGCAAGGGCUCUAUCCCCAUCCCUUCUGCUAGCACUUGGAGCAGCCUUGAUGCCCUUGUUGCCAUGUCUGUGUGGCCUUAAGGGUAAUAGGGGCCGUUAGACAUUAAAUCAGAUGUCAAAGGAAGAAAAUGUUGGUACACAGAUGCGGGAAGGCUAUUUUGCUAAAAGUAUUGGGGAUAAAGGUUGUUUAGUUAAAUAUUUUAAACAAUUGUUACUUUGAAAAAAGAAGCUCAAAUUUUUAUAAUUGAAUCCUUGGAUUCCUUUUCUCGUGUCUGUGAAUUAUCAUCUCCUGUCCUUGUUUGGUCUAGUUCAUUUUAUUAUUAAUGAGUGAGGUGUUUUGUAUACACCUUGUAAAACUAAAGAAUGGAUUUACAAUAUAAUCACACUGUAUUAUGUUAACCGAGCUCUGGAAAUCUAUUUUAUUAAAGUUUUUCUACAGAAAUGGAUGUUAUGCAUGUAUUAGGGCUCUCUGAAGGAGUGGCACGUAAAUCAAGGAUGUUCAAUGUUACAAAGGAGUACAUUGUGGUGGCCCAUUGUAUUAUGAUAAGUUUCUUCUCCUACCUCAGUGGUGGUGCCUAUGGUAUGCAGGCUAUCUGGUACAUCAAACAAAACAAAUAUACUAGAAGAUGGUGUAGCAGGGGCAUAGUCUUGUCCUCUGGAGGGCCAACAUAUGAAGCAUAAAAACAUUCAUUGUUGCUUAUCUGAUAAGAAAAGAAUUAACUAAC